AUGGAGGUUGGUGUAAUUCUUGCACAUCAUCUGCAUGGUGGCCACUCUGGCAAAGUUGCUUUCUGUGAUCAAGACGGAUUCUUGAGUUUGUCUUGCGGAGGAACUUCGAGUUUCAUUGAUUCUUCCAACAUUUCAUGGGUACCAGAUAGUACUUAUGUGACAAUUGGCAACACAACUACUGUUGAUUACAUAGAGGGUACUUCCUCGUCUCAACUUCCAGUCCGGUUCUUCCCCGAUUCCCAAGCUCGAAAUUGUUACAGGCUGCCCACAAAAAUUGUAUCAUCUUCGCUUCUUGUUAGGACCCAAUUUGUGUACAAGAACUAUGAUGAACUUGGAAAACCCCCUGCCUUCUCUGUUUCUCUUGGUACUGCUGUUACUACCACUGUGAACCUCACCAAAAAUGAUCCGUGGAUCGAAGAGUUUAUAUUGCCUGUUAAUAAAGAUAGUCUCCCUCUGUGUUUUCAUUCGAUCCCCAAUGGUGGAUUUCCUGCUAUUUCAUAUCUUGAAGUUCGGCCACUUCCGCAAGGAGCUUAUAACGAGGGCAUGGAGGAUUUCCCCAAUAAGUUACUUAGGAAGAGUUAUCGAAUCAACUGUGGAGACACAAAUGGUUCACUGCGGUACCCUUUGGAUCCUUAUGAUCGUAUAUGGGAUGCUGAUGAGAAUUUUUCUCCCUUUCAUUUGUCUACUGGCUUUGCUGUUAAAAGCACCUUCAAUUUGUCAACUCUUCAAGAUAAUCCUCCCAUGGCUGUUCUUCAAACUGCUAGAGUCUUGUCAAGACGGGAGGAAUUGGUGUACAACUUUCCUCUUGAUAACACUGGAGACUACUACAUUGUUCUCUAUUUUGCUGGGAUCCUUCCUCUUUCCCCGACGUUUGAUGUGUUGAUUAACGGAGAUGUUGUUCAGCCAAACUAUACGGUGAAGAGCGGGGACGUCAGUGCUCUAUUCUUUACUCAGAAGGAAAUCAAAAACUUGAACAUCACAUUGAAGACUAUCAGCUUCAACCCAAUGGUCAACGCAAUUGAGGUGUAUGAGAUUGUUGAUGUUCCCCCAGAGUCUUCUUCAACUACAGUUUCAGCACUUCAGGUUAUUCAGCAGUCCACUGGUUUAGAUCUGGGAUGGCAAGAUGAUCCAUGUUCUCCUAUACCAUGGAAUAACAUCAACUGCGAAGGAAGUUUGGUUACUUCACUGGAACUUUCUAACAUCAAUUUGAGGUCAAUCAGCCCUACAUUUGGUGAUUUGUUAGAUCUUAAAACACUAGAUUUGCAUAAUACAUCACUUGCUGGAGAGAUUCAGAACUUGGGUGGCCUGCAGCGCCUUGAAAAACUGAACCUGAGUUUCAAUCAGCUGACAUCCUUUGGUUCUGAAUUGGAAGACUUGAUUAAUCUUCAAAUUUUGGACAUGCACAAUAAUAGAUUACAGGGAAUGGUUCCUGAUAGCUUGGGAGAGUUGAAGGACCUUCACUUACUGAAUCUGGAACACAAUAAAUUACAAGGCCCCCUCCCGCAGUCUUUAAACAGAGAAAGUUUGGAAGUUAGAACAUCGGGGAAUUUAUGCCUUUCCUUCUCCACAUUGACAUGCAAUGAGUUUUCAAUAAAUCCUUCAAUCGAGACACCACAAGUCACUGUAUUUACCAAAAGCAAGCAUAAGAAGGGCCAAAAUCACUUGGCAGUUAUACUUGGUGCAGUUGGAGGAGUCGCACUUGCUCUUUUUGUUAUUUCUUUUUCAGUAUUCUUGUACACGAGGCGAAAGAAAACUGAAGCGACAUACACAGCAAGAUCAGUGUCAGAGAUGCGGAACUGGAAUGCAGCAAAAGUCUUCUCCUACAAAGAAAUCAAAGUGGCUACAAACAACUUUAAGGAGGUUAUAGGCCGUGGUAGUUUUGGAUCUGUUUACCUUGGAAAACUUCCAGAUGGAAAACUAGUUGCUGUGAAAGUGCGGUUCGAUAAAACUCAACUUGGGGUUGAUUCUUUUUUCAAUGAGGUGUCUCUUUUGUCCCAAGUUCGUCAUCAGAAUCUUGUAUCUCUAGAAGGCUUUUGUCACGAAGCAAAGCAGCAGAUACUAGUUUAUGAAUACUUGCCUGGUGGAUCGUUGGCUGAUAACCUUUAUGGUUCAAAUAGUAAAAGAAUAACAUUAAGUUGGGUCCGCAGACUGAAAAUUGCUGUUGAUGCUGCAAAAGGGUUGGACUACUUACACUAUGGGAGUGAGCCACGAGUCAUCCACCGGGAUGUGAAGUCCAGCAACAUACUUUUGGACACAGAGAUGAAUGCUAAGGUCUGUGACUUUGGCCUCUCUAAACAAAUAACCCAAGCUGAUGCAACUCAUGUGACUACUGUUGUCAAGGGCACUGCUGGCUAUCUUGAUCCUGAAUAUUAUUCCACCCAACAAUUGACAGAAAAAAGUGAUGUAUACAGUUUUGGGGUUGUUCUUUUGGAGCUCAUUUGUGGUCGAGAACCAUUAAGUCGCUCUGGAACUCCAGACUCCUUUAAUUUGGUUCUAUGGGCCAAGCCAUACUUGCAGGCAGGAGCAUUUGAGAUAGUGGAUGAGAGCUUGAAGGGAAGCUUUGAUGUCGAGAGCAUGAGAAGGGCAGCUUUGAUUGCUUCAAGGUCUGUAGAGAGGGAUGCAUCGCGAAGGCCUAACAUUGCUGCAGUAUUGGCAGAGCUGAAAGAAUCCUACAGCAUUCAGCUCUCAUAUCUUGCUUGUGGUGGACUUCUAAAUUGAUAUAUCCAAUCGGUAAUGUGAAAGUUAUAUGUCAAUUUAUAUUUUCUAUAUGGUUGUUUUCCUUAUGUAUAUGUAAAAAGUAAGCUGCUCUUAAUAGAGGUGUGAGGUAUAAUUUACCUUGUAAAAUGUUUUUGAGUUGAUAUUUAAUUAAUUUAUAUUACGCUGGUUGUCAGUUACUUAACACAACUCUGUUUCUUUAUUGGAGCUUAAGACCGG